AUGAUGAAUGGUACAUGCGCUAUUUUCAUUUGCAACAGAAAUCUUAAGCUGGAGUGGUACUGUUAUUUGCUGAUUCUGGUUUGCCUCUUCACUUUAUUAGUAGGAUUUCUAGGGAAUAUACUUGCGCUUCGACAUUAUGUGUACUGCAUGAAGACAUGGACAACCAACACCAUAUUUCUCUUUAACCUGGCACUGUGUGACUUUACUUGGACACUCAUGGCACCUUUUUCGGUAUAUUACAGUCUCCAGAAGUUAACUGUCUUUUCCAGUCAAACAUUUUAUCAGACCAUAACACUGUUUUUUAGUAUUAACAUCUAUGGAAGUGUCUACUUCCUGACACUCAUCAGUUUUGACAGAUACGUAGGUGCUGUCCAUCCUAUCACUUCAUUAACAUGGUGGAACAAAGGAAAGGCUGUGUUUUGUACCAUCGCGGUAUGGAUCUUCAUAGUGAUUGCAUCAAUGCCAGAGAUCUACUACACAGUUGCAGCUGUAAAACAACGUCUCCUUGUAGAUUCCUUCGAUGGCACAGAAGGACCUUUACAAUUUGUAGUGCCAUUCACACUCUCCAAGGUUGUAUUGAGAUUCCUAAUUCCAGUCACAGUCAUCUUUACAUGCUAUAUGUUGACUCUCAAAGCGUUACUACAACUCAGUAAACGCCAGCAAAGAAGAAACAGACUGGUUAGACCUCUGCUACUGAUUUCAGCUGCUAUGAUUGUAUUCGCUGUUUCUUUCAUACCUUACCAUGUUAUGAUGAUGGUGCUACUAAUUUACAAAACUAAUUGUCAACCACCCUGUGGGAACAUAAGCACUAUAAGCACCAUUUAUGAAGUCACAGAGAUCAUCUGCAGCAUCAACAGUUGCCUCGACCCAAUCAUUUUUACGGUAGCAAAUAAAACAUUCUACCAAAGAAUUAAAAGAAUAAGAUGUCAUCCCAAAUGCCAGUGCUGCUGUUGUCUGACAGGAAGGGACAUUGCUCUGUCCCCAAGAACAACGACUUAA